UCCUGUGCAGAUGAGGGUGAAGGAUGGGACACCGGAAGCAGCAGCAGUAGAAUCAGCUGAUGAGCGGAAACCAACUUUGUUGUCAACGUCACGAAGAGAUGGAGGUGAUGGAGGUGGCGGAGGAGGGGCGUCGGCAGGUGGAGGAGCAGGUGGAGCAGCUGCUGGCUGGUCAGGGGUCAGAGGUCAGCGGCUGUGACGUUGGUCUGGACCAGAGCAAACCUGCGACUCUGAGGAAGAACGUGACCUACAUCGUCUGCGGGGUCAUCUUCAACGACAAGGAGGAGGUGCUGAUGGUGCAGGAGGCGAAGCAGGACUGUUACAAACUGUGGUACCUUCCUGCAGGGAGGGUGGAGGUGGGGGAGAGUCUGGGGGAGGCACUGAGGAGGGAGGUGAAGGAGGAGGCGGGGUUUGAUUGUGAGCCAAUCACAUUGCUGCUGAUCCAGGAGCAGGGACCUCAGUGGAUCCGCUUCAUCUUCCUCGCCAGAGUCACAGGUGGAAACAUCAAGAGUCUGUCAGCAGCAGAUCAGGAGUCUCUUCAGGCGUCCUGGUGGGACAGACAGUCCGUCCUCCCUCUGAGAGGACGAGACAUCCUCCGUCUCAUCGACUGUGGACUCAAGUACCAUCAGGAUCCCUGGCAUCCGGUCACGUUACCGGUGGACCUGAGCUGCCGUCACGUGCUGCAGAGACUGGUCCUGGUCUUCACCAGCUCGGAUCUGGAUCAGAUCUGGAUCCUGCUCGUCAGAGCCCCAGGGCUCCACCUCCCGACGGCAGCGGCGGUGAAGACCCACGCCGUGAGCUGGGCGGCCAACACGGUGGUGCAGGAGGCCAUGCCGUCUGCGUACCAUGACCACGACGUCAACACGCUGGGCGUCUUCAGCCUGCAGCACAACGGCCGGCAGCAUGGGAAGACGGACGGCCUUUGCCUCAACACGCUGGUGGCACUGGUGACCGACCGCGUCCAACGCAACGAGGACGGAGAGCAGGUGCGUUCGUUGCCGGCCAGGAAACCUCCACCUGUAGAAAACCCUCGAUACGUGUGGAUGGAAGUCAGGAAACCAACGCUGAGACGAGAAACUGCUGAAAAGACCAAGAACACCUCCAUCCUACCGCUGCACAGCCUGUACUGACCACAGGGGGGCGGCAGGGUCAAGUCUGCCCUCGCCCCGCUGAUGAACAAGACUCUAUUGUGAAAGAGCUCUUACAGUUGCUUUCAGAAAACUUUUAUUCUGAAAGAAAUUUAUUUAUUGAGUAGUUGAAUUGCUAAAGAAAUGAAAGGUACAGGUUAAAGGUUCUAUUGUUAGAAACAGAAGAUAAAAUCAUCCUAUAAAAUUAUAUGAAUUGUUGUUUUUCUCCCUAGAACGAGCCCUUCAUUAUUUAAAUACUUUAUAUUUAAAUACUUUAUAUUCAAACACUUUAUAUUCCAGUUCAGCUACAACAUGACACUUCACCACUAGAUGUCACUGCAGUCUACAAACUGAAACCUUUAAGUGUUAACGAGCAUAAAAUAAAGAAGUUUGAAUUAAUUAUAAAUAUAAAGUUAUGAACGAUAAUGUAAAACAUGAGAAGUUGAGAUGAUUGUCAUGGGGGGGG